AUGCGUACCUCCACCCUCGCCUUUGGCCUCGCGGCCCUCUUCCAGGGCGCUGUCAACGCUCAGUAUACCCUCAGCACCACAUACGAUGCUUCCAACUUCUUCACUGCCUUUGACUUCUUCAACGAGGAAGAUCCCACCCACGGCUUUGUCGAGUACGUCGAUGCCAACACGGCCAACGCAGAGGGCCUCGCCGGCUUCGUCGAGGGCGCCAUCUACAUGGGCGUCGACUACCAAACCCAGAACCCUCAGAACGGCCGCAAGUCUGUCCGCGUCACCUCGCAGCAGUCCUUCACCCAUGGCCUCUUCCUCGCCGACAUUGCCCACAUGCCCGGCAGCAUCCCCGGUGUCUGGCCUGCCUUUUGGAUGUUUGGUCCUGAGUGGCCCACCUCGGGCGAGAUCGAUAUCCUCGAAGGCGUGAACACUCAGACUGAGAACGCCAUCACCCUCCACACCGGACCCGGCUGCUCCAUCACCAACGACGGCACCGCCCAGGGCACUACCCUCAACAAGAAGGACUGCAACGCCGGUGACGGUCAUGAGGGCUGCGGCCAGCAGACUUCGGACAACCAGAACUACGGCGAUGGUUUCAACGCCAUUGGCGGCGGCGUCUAUGCCACCGAGUGGACAUCCGACUACAUCGCCGUCUGGUUCUUCCAUCGCGACAGUAUCCCCUCCGACAUCCACUCCGACUGCCCCAACCCCUCAUCCUGGGGCCCUCCCCUGGCCAAGUUCAACGGCGGUCAGGGCUGCAACAUCGACGAUCACUUCAAGGACCACAACCUCAUCUUCGACACCACCUUCUGCGGUGAUUGGGCCGGCGCUCCCGAUGUCUGGAACAACAACCCCGAGACAUCGGCCCUGGGUGCUUGCGAGGACUACGUCGCUUCCAACCCGGCCGACUUCCAGGAGGCCUACUGGCUCGUCAACAGCAUCAAGGUGUUCAACAACGGAUACGGCAACGGCGGUGGCAAUGACGGCUACCAUGGCAACUCUACCAAGCGCGCAGUAGUUGCCAAGCCCUUCCUCGCUUGAGUAGCCACGACUCGCACUUGACGAGCGUCACUUCACAAUCUCUUUUUGUCUCUUUUUCAUCAUCUCAUGAGAUACCCCAUAAACCGAAAAGAAAAAAAGGAACUUGACCAGAGGUGGUUGAUGGUUUCCAUUCCAUCGCGGAGGCGUUAUUUUGGCUGCUAUUUUUUUUUCUUUCUUUUUUGUCAUCCAAGCCCGGUCAAAGGUGCAGACCUCACGGUCCUGUCCCGGCUUCUUCCUCUCUUAUGUCACCUUCUCUGUACAUAUAUUGUAGCAAUCUUGACUGCAGUGGCCGUGGGAGUCACCACGAUGAGCCCGCAAAAGUACUUAGCAAACACGAAUGACUUC